AUGGAGCUUCAGUUUUGGCCUGAUUUGGGGUCUCUCUUGAAAAAGCUGAAUGGUCGGAUGCUCUUGGUGGCUCUGGUCAUGUCUCUUUUGAUGAUUGACCUUGUGAAAAAGAGACGACCCAGGAAUUUCCCUCCAGGGCCACAGCUCUUUCCUCUCGUGGGAACCUUUGUGGACUUUAAGCAGCCUCUCCAUCUUGCACUGCAGAAGCUCACGGGUCGGUACGGGAACAUCUUCAGUGUGCAGUUUGGGAGUCUGACAUUCGUGGUGGUCAAUGGGUACCAGAUGGUGAGAGAAGCUCUCGUCCACCAGGCUGAAAUAUUUGCUGAUCGGCCAAAUAUUCCACUCCUCCAAGAAAUAUUUAGAGGCUUUGGGCUCAUAUCAUCCAAUGGGCACAUAUGGAGGCAGCAGAGAAAGUUUGCUUUAGCAACACUGAAAAGCCUUGCUGUAAAUUUUGAGGAAAAAGUGCAAGAGGAGAGUCGGUACCUCGUGGAGACGAUCGAGGAGGAGAAAGGACAACCCUUUGACCCCCAUUACAAAAUUAACAGUGCUGUUUCGAACAUCAUCUGUUCCAUAACUUUUGGGAAUCGCUUUGACUACCAUGACAGCCGUUUCCAGGAACUGCUGCACUCCCUGGCUGAAACACUGCUGCUCAUUGGGAGCUUCUGGGGCCAGCUUUAUAAUGCUUUUCCUUUGAUCAUGAGAUGGUUGCCAGGACCCUUCAGGAAAAUCUUCAGGCACUGGGAAAAACUUCAAUAUUUUGUGAAAGGCGUAAUUGCAAAGCACAAGGAGGAUUUGGACCAGUCUGAGGCAGGAGAUUAUAUUGACUGUUACCUGAAGGAAAUAGAAAAGUUUAAGGGUGACACCACCUCCUAUUUCCAUGAGGAAAACCUGCUGUGCUCCACCUUGGACCUGUUCUUAACUGGGACUGAGACAACGGCGACUGCCAUCCGCUGGGCUCUGCUCUACAUGGCUGCGUACCCCCACAUUCAGGAGAAAGUGCAGCAGGAGAUCGACGCCGUGGUGGGGCAGUGCCGGCAGCCCUCGAUGGCGGACAAGGAGAAGAUGCCGUACACCAGCGCCGUGCUGAGCGAGGUGCUGCGCAUGGGCAACGUGGUGCCCCUGGGCGUGCCCCGCAUGGCCACCAGCGACACCACCCUGGCCGGCUUCCGCCUGCCCAAAGGCACCACGCUCAUGACCAGCCUGACCUCAAUAAUGUUCGACAAAAACGUGUGGGAGACUCCAGACACCUUUAAUCCCGGACAUUUCCUGGAAAACGGCCAGUACAGGAGGCGGGAGGCUUUUCUGCCCUUCUCUGCAGGCAAGAGAGCUUGUCCCGGGGAGCAGCUCGCGAGGACCGAGCUCUUCAUUUUCUUCGUAGCCCUGCUGCAGAAGUUCACCUUCCAGGCCCCGGCCGAGGCCGCACUGUCCUUCGAGUUCACGCUGAGCCUGACGCGCUGCCCCAAACCCUUCCGGCUGCGCGCCGUGCCCCGCGGCUGAGCGGCCUGGGGCUGCACCGGGCC